CUCCACCAAAACCCCAUAAAUCUACUACUCUCAGUCCGCCAAUUAAUAGACCAGGACAGCCAGUAUUGAGUAUGAUUUUGAUUAUGAGUAGGAGUAUGAGUAAGGGUAUCCGUUCUCCAUUUCUGCUAAUUUUCACUGUUGAAUUCCAUCAUGCUCACAAAAUUAUAAUGCUCACCUCAUAUUGCGCUCUUUAUAAUGCUCACAAAACGCGAAGGAAGGAAAGAUUCCAAAUCCUUGCGUCUAGGACAAAGUGUUUCUGUAUCCGCAUUCUCUGGAAUUUGAACACCUCGGAAGAUUUCAAACCCUAACCAAGAAAACCCUAAAAGGAUCUCACAGCCCUUUAAUGGAUUCCCGUGUUUGGCAGUUCAAGAAGAGAUGAACAGGGGCGUUUUGUUCAAUUGCAGGUUUGGGGGUUAAAUGAGGGCCAAGGGGUUUAGGAAUUGUGAUGCAGAAUAAGGUCGUUGAGCAUCAAUGGGGCAAUGCUAUGCUAGAAAUGUUAUAGUACAGGGGGAGGAGCCCGCUGUUUCGACAUCGUCGCAGGAUCGAGCCUCGGCCACUCCAUUGCAUUAUGUAAAUAACACGUAUUCUUAUGCUUGCACUCCUCAACCGAGCCCGCUUCCGGCUGGAGUUUCUCCUUCCCCUGGGAGGGCUACUCCGCGGAGGUUUUUUCGCAGGCCUUUUCCACCUCCUUCUCCUGCCAAACAUAUUCAGGCUUUUCUUUUGAGAAGGCAAGGAGCUCCCAAGGUUAAAGAGGUUCCCCUGCCUGAAGGGGAUGUCUUGGAGGAGGAUAAGCCGCUUGAUAAGAGCUUUGGUUACGCUAAGAAUUUUAGUGCGAGGUAUGAGCUCGGUCAGGAGGUUGGUCGCGGCCAUUUCGGACAUACCUGUCAAGCAAAAGUCAAGAAGGGAGAGCUCAAGGGGCAGUCUGUGGCUGUUAAGAUCAUUACAAAGGACAAGAUUACUACAGCCAUAGGUGUUGAAGAUGUACGCAGAGAGGUUAAAAUCUUGAAGGCACUCUCGGGACAUCACAAUUUGAUUAGAUAUCAUGAUGCAUGCGAGGACAACAAUAAUGUCUAUAUUGUAACAGAGCUAUGUGAAGGUGGGGAACUAUUGGACAGGAUAUUGUCCAGGGGUGGGAGGUAUCCAGAGGAAGAUGCAAAGGUUAUUGUUGUACAGAUUUUGAGUGUAGUUGCCUUUUGUCAUCUUCAAGGUGUUGUGCACCGUGAUUUGAAGCCAGAGAAUUUUCUCUUCACUACAAAGGAUGAAAAUGCACCUUUAAAGGCUAUUGAUUUUGGGCUGUCAGAUUUUGUCAGACCAGAUGAAAGGUUGAAUGAUAUUGUAGGUAGUGCAUAUUAUGUGGCACCAGAAGUACUUCAUCGAUCAUAUAGCACAGAAGCGGAUGUAUGGAGCAUUGGAGUGAUAACAUAUAUCCUCUUAUGUGGCUGUAGGCCUUUUUGGGCACGCACUGAAUCAGGAAUAUUUCGUGCUGUUUUGAAAACUGCACCUAAUUUUGAGGACACACCAUGGCUUUCAGUCUCUGCUGAAGCUAAGGAUUUUGUGAAAAAGCUUCUUAAUAAGGAUCUGCGUAAAAGAAUGAGUGCGGCUCAGGCCCUUUCACAUCCCUGGCUUCGUGGACGGCAUGUUAUUCCAUUGGAUAUUUUGAUGUACAAACUAGUCAAAGCAUAUCUCCGGUACUCGCCACUAAAGCGUGCAGCUCUUAAGGCAUUGGUAAAAGCAUUAACAGAAGAUGAUCUGGUGUAUCUUAAAGCUCAGUUUAAGCUCCUUGAACCUGAUAAAGAUGGCAGAAUUUCUAUAGAGAAUUUUAAAUUGGCAUUGAAGAAGAAUGAAACAGAGGCCAUGAAAGAAUCUAAGGUUCUUGAUAUACUAAAUGCGAUGAAUCAACUUGCUUUCAGAAAACUUGACUUUGAGGAAUUCUGUGCUGCUGCAACAAGUGUUUAUCAGCUUGAAGCUCUUGAUCACUGGGAUCAAAUCGUACAUUCUGCUUACGAAUUCUUUGAACAUGAAGGAAAUAGAGUCAUUUCAGUUGAAGAGCUAGCACGGGAGUUGAAUAUAGGGGCAAAUUUUUAUACAGCUUUGCACGAUUGGAUCAGACACACGGAUGGGAAACUGAGUUUUGUUGGAUUUGCAAAGUUUCUACAUGGAGUUACACUGCGAACAAACAUGAGGCCUCGGAAUUAGAAAUCAUUUUCAACAUAAUUGUAUUGGCCUUCCACUGGGACUCUUUGCAGAGCAACUUCUAUGAUUGAUGUGAUUUCCUUGUCCUGUUGGAAGGAUGCUUGAUUUAUCCCAUUUUCUUCUUUUUUGGUGUACUUUAUGUGGAGUGUGUAUAGGACAGUCUUAGUGCUAACGAGAGGCACUGUACAGCCUAAGACAAUACAUUGAAGCAACUUAUUUCAAAUGUUUCUGAAUGUGGUAAAACCGUAAAGUUCAAUGGUUGAUCUUUGUUUCCGUCAGCCAACUAUAUGGAAAGCAUUCAUGUUACCUCUCAUGAGGCCUUGCUGCAUAGAACAGGCUUAAUUAGGCCUUGCUGCAUAGAACAGGCUUGAUAUUGCCUAGUGUAUUGGUAUGCCUGAAGAGCUUUAUUGUUAACUCAAUGGUUUUUUCAACAACCCAAAAUUUUUACAAGUUGGGUUCUGUAUCACGAAAAAACACUGCAGUAAGUUAUCUUUAGCACUAUCUUUCAAUAAUCCAUUGAUUAGCUUUUAAGAA